AUGAAGCUGACCCCGAGCGGGGCACACAGCGGCCACAGCGAGCCUCAGACCUUGUCCCGCCCCGCUCCCGGCCCUGUCCCGCACCGCUCCCGGCCCUGUCCCGCCCCGCUCCCGGCCCUGUCCCGCCCGGCCGCCCCUCACCGCCGCUCCCGGCCCGGCGCGGCCCGCAGCGCUCGCCAUGGCAACGGCACCGCCCGGGCACAACCGGGCACCAACCAGGACAGCCCGGGCACCAACCGGGACAGCCCGGGCACCAACCGGGCACCAACCGGGACAGCCCCGGGCACCAACCAGGACAGCCCGGGCACCAACCGGGACAACCCGGGCACCAACCGGGACACCCGGGGCACCAACCGGGACAGCCCGGGCACCAGCCGGCCCGGGCACCAGCCGGGCACCAACCGGGACAGCCCCGGGCACCAACCGGGACAGCCCCGGGCACCAGCCGGGACAGCCCGGGCACCAACCGGGACAGUCCCGGGCACCAGCCGGGACAGCCCGGGCACCAACCGGGACAGCCCGGGCACCAACCGGGCACCAACCGGGACAGCCCCGGGAACCAACCGGGACACCCCGGGAACCAACCGGGACACCAACCGGGACAGCCCGGGCACCAACCGGGACAACCCCGGGAACCAACCGGGCACCAACUGGGACACCCCCGGAUACCAACCGGGACAGCCCCGGGAACCAACCGGGACAGCCCCGAGAACCAACAGGGACACCCCCGGGCACCAAACGGGACACCCCGGGCACCAACCGGGACACCCCCGGGCACCAACCGGGACACCCCCGGGCACCAACCGGGACACCCUCCUCGGGACCCCCGCUCACCCCCCGCUCACCCCCUGCGCUGCCCCGGCUCCGGCAGCGCCACCAGAGCGUGCCCGGGGCCGCGGUGACAACGGGACAGCGGGACAGCGGGCGGGGAAGGAAGGGACAGCGGCCAGCCCCUGCCCGGCAGCCCGGCUGAGCCUCGCCCUCCGGAACCUGCUCCCAAACUCUCGCGAAAGGAUUGUGAGAUGUUUGCUGCUGCUCUCUGUGCUCUGCCUGGCUGGCUGUGAAGGCAACAAGAGUGAGCUGGAGAGCACCCAUGGCCUGAGGCCAGGGGUUGCCCUCCGUGCCAAGAGGAGCCCAGAUGCUUGCCUGCCAAACCCGUGCCAGCACCAGGGGCGGUGCCAGGUGACUGUGGACAGACCAGUUUGCAGCUGCAAGCCAGGCUUCACAGGGGAAUUCUGCCAAGAUGUGGUGAUGAAGCUGGCCUGUGAGGAAGAGCACAUGAAGAUGAUGGUGAGGAAGGAGGUGUUUGAGUUCUUGAAAAUCCCGCUGGAGCUUGUCCACUUGAAGAAUAAGGCAUGCAAGGUCUCAGAGAAGGAAGAAGAGGGUGAGCUGUUUUUUGCAGCCACUCUCACAGGUGAAAACCACACUGCCUGUGGAUCAGUAAUCCAGCAAAACAGCUCCCAUGUCUCAUACUCCAACAUCAUGGAGUCGGAGCAGGAGGCUGGCAGGGCCAUGAUCUCCCGCAGUUUUCAGCUGGAGGUGCACUUCUCCUGCAUCUACGCCUACGAGCAGGUUGUGAGACUGCCCUUCUCUCUCACUGCUGUUGACAAGCUGGUACAGUUUGUGGUCAGAGAAGGACACUUCAAUGUCAGCAUGAGACUGUACAAGUCCCCCUCCUUCCUGGAGCCUUAUCACCUGCCCAGUGUGGCUGUCCCCCUCACGGACACACUCUAUGUCCUGCUGAAGAUAGAGGGGCAGCACCAGCUCAAGUACUUCCUGCUGAGUGUUUUGGACUGCUGGGCCACACCGAGUGUGGAUCCACACCAGGACGUGCAGCACAAGCUCAUUGAGCAGGGGUGUCCCCACGAUGAGACAGUGACCUAUCUGAAUGCCAUUGGAGAGAGCACUACUGCUGAGUUCAGCUUCCAGAUGUUUCAGUUUGUUGGCUACUCCGAGGUGUUCCUGCACUGCCGUGUCCAGCUGUGCCUUCCUGACAGCCCAGAGCCCUGUGCCAAGCAAUGCCCCGGGCACGGGAGGAGCAGGCGGGCACUGGCAGAUGACUACAACAGGAUUGUGUCCUACGGGCCCAUCCUCCUGCUGGCUGCUCCUUCCUCGGGAGCAGAGACCCAGCACUCCAGCACUGACCAGCAGGACCCAGCAGGACCCAGCCCCUGGCUCUCCAGGGCUCUCAUCCCACUGUGUGUGCUCGCUGUGCUCACUGUGGCUGCCGCGGCCGUCAGCGUGGGGAGGAGAAUGCUUUAG